GUGGUCGAAGGACGCAUGUGCACGGGCAAUGCGGUCAUGACUUCUUACCGGGAGUUUACACGUGAUAGAGACACAGAGUUCACUAAAGGCAACGCAUCAGGACUCGGACCCAAGCAAGCUCAAAUCAGACUAGAAGAACAUUUCCUGUGGUCAGAAAUCUCCAAGGAUCCGGACAUAAGACCUCUAGAUCAAAACUACUUCAGCUCUAAUCCACCCCUAUGGACCGGAGCACAGAUCUCUCCCUCCGUACACACGUUCACAAGGGAGUGUUGCGAGCUCGACCCAAUCAACGCGCGCGUAUUUACCAUAAACUCCUGUGAUGACCUAAGAACUCAUCUCACUUUUAUGGAUACCAGUAACACCAAGUAUGCUGGUUCUGCCAACUUUUACGAGGCCACGCAGAUGGGAAAACCCUUCGAAUGGAUGAAGGUGAAGCGCAACGAUGCAGGCACUGGGAAAGCCCAUCUAACCGGCGCACAGAAUUUCCUCCAAUCUAAGAAAACGGACUGUGGAUAGAAUGAAAGCGAGGACAGUCCACACAUGUUCUGGAGCAGCUUCACCGAGUUGGAGAAGAAGUUCCACUACAGCAGGUACCUCACGCGCGCGCGGCGGAUGGAGAUCGCGAACGCGCUUUAGCUCCGUGAGGCUCAGGUCAAAGCGUGGUUCCAAAACAGGCGAAUGAAGCAGAAGAAAGCGCAGCGGCUACUGCACACACAUACACACACACAUCCAGGACCAGGAGGCUGUCUGGAAUUACACUCCAGCACAACGGACACGUGUGCGCUUUCAGAGAACAGUUAGUAUUCAAUUCACUGCUGUUAGCAAUAUUCGGGAGCUAGAAGACUUGCCCCCCCUCCUGUGCGCAUUAAGCGCCGACAUUAU